AUGCUUCCACGUAAAAAGCACCGUCCGAAUCCGGCGGGUAUGGCCGCGAACAACGACUCUCAGACCCUGGUCAGCGACUCAACAACAGAGGCCCCUACGUCACAAUCACAGGCAUCAAAGGCGUCACCUGCAGUAGGAGCAGAUCAAAACAGCAACCCACAGGCCCCAUCAAGACAGCAAACCAUGGCUGAAUCCGAUGUCGCGGCGCAGAGAAAUAACAAGGACACUCGCAGACCAAAGAGUUGGUAUGGUUCUUGGCCACGAGCUCCUAAAGCCUCGGCAUCAACCUCGGUUGCAAAGGAAAACAUAUUUGGAGGAAGUGUCAAGUCAAAUAAAUCAUCAGAUCUAAGUCGAUACGAAUCCAGGAAAAGCGACGACAACACCAGUAUUCGAAGUACGGCUGGGACGAUUAAGACGAUGCCAAAGAUUUCCGACAACAAAUCCGAUAUGACGAUGACGGAAGAAGACGCGCAAAACGAUGCGCAAAGCCAAAAGAAAGUGGACAUCAAAUCUUCGCGAGAGUCAACUACGGUUGCGGAAGCUCCCGAGACACCAAAAGAUUUGGGAACUACAGGGUCGACAACGCCCAAAGCGCCAGACUCCAAGACUACCAAUGCUCACGCUCAGGCUGACGUCCAACCAAACACAUCCGCACCAAGAAUAGAGCCUCAACAACAGGCACCCUCUUCAGGAUGGCUCGGAUGGUGGUCUAAAACACCUUUCACUGAAAUACAGACCGCUCCAGUUACAGAAGCGGACAAGACACCAACGGCCGAUAUUGAAGCUACCAAGGAAGUUGACGAGCCUCGACCUGCCACUCCACCAGCUGAAGCAAUACCUGAAGAUCAACUAUCACCACCAUCGAGCGUCAAGGAUUCCCGGCCCACGUCCUGGCUCAGGUAUUGGUACCCUCCAGCCCAACCCACCAAUACCUCGGAUGAUAAGCCGGAUGUUCAGCCACCGCAAGAGAUUGAAACGACCUCACAAGAUGUCACUAUGGAAGAUGCACCACCUCCCCCACCUCAGAACGAACCCCCGCCUAAGUCUGGCUCAACCUGGGCCUUUUGGUCAAGGGAAUCGCCAAAGUCGAAAGACAAUACACCUUCGCUACAGUCUGGAGAAGUGGCAGUAAUCGGUCAAGUGUCAGAAGCUCAUCCUCAGCCUGUAGCAGAAUGCGAUGUCUCACCAGCACAAGACAGUGCAAAGGAGGUGCCAAAGGCGAAAGACGCACAAACGCCCGCCAAGACAGGAUGGAUGAAGAAGAAGCGCAUUAGACCUCAGUCGAUGGAUUUAGAUCCCCCAUCUCCUUCAGUAUCUGGCGCUUCAACACCAACAAGGACGUCAACCCCGAACCAAGAUAGUGAUAAGGCGGUGUCUAAGGCCGCUUCUUCGGGCCUUUCAAUUGCCGAAUCGGAAUCAUCAACUAAACUAUCAAGCAAUCUACUCUUACCAUCCUUCUCGAGUACUUACCAUAUGAAGGAGAACCCGUCCAUUAUUAAGCAACUCACACAAUUGCUUCUUCGCACACAACAAGCUCCUCCAAACCAUGUUUUUCGGGUAGCAUCGCCCCCAAAGAUUCGAAAGGCCAUUGCGAUUGGCGUCCAUGGUCUAUUUCCUGCAACAUACCUUCGUCCCAUGAUCGGUCAACCAACGGGUACAUCUCUACGAUUUGCAGCUCUUGGAGCUGAGGGCAUUCGCAGAUGGGCCGAAUCACAUGGCUGCGGUGACUGUGAGAUCGAAAAGGUCGCCCUCGAAGGAGAAGGGAAAAUCAAAGACCGUGUAGACAAUCUAUGGAAACUCAUGCUCAACUGGAUUGAUCAAAUCCGCAGCGCCGACCUUAUUUUGUUUGCCUGUCAUUCCCAGGGCGUUCCAGUAAGUAUUAUGCUGCUUGAAAAACUCAUUGAUCUUGGCAUCAUCACCAAUGCAAAGGUCGGUGUUUGUGCUAUGGCUGGUGUUGCUCUGGGCCCCUUUCCUGACUAUAAGUCUGGUCUACUGAUGGGCUCCGCUGCUGAGCUAUGGGAUUUUGGAAAUCCAGAGAGCGAAAACUCCAGGCGUUUCGAGCACGCUCUCAAGCGUGCAGUAGACCACGGAGCUCGCAUCACAUUCAUUGGCAGCAUUGAUGACCAGCUCGUACCAAUGGAGUCUGCGGUUUACUCACCAGCAAAUCACCCUUACAUCUACCGAGCUGUGUUCAUCGAUGGGCGCGUUCAUGCCCCUGACUUUAUUGCUCACCUUAUCGGCUUCGCUCUUAAGCUUCGGAACCUCGGCGUUUCAGACCAUGGCUUGAUCCGUGAAUUAUCUGCCCCUCUUGCCGGCUCUCUCUACUCUGGCGCCGGACAUUCUCGCCUCUAUUUCGACGAUGCAGUAUACGACCUUGCCAUCUCGCACGCCCUUGAAACAGCACCAGCUGGUUCAACGCCUCCAUCGUGUACAAUUUCACCGCGUGAGGGCCCAUUGACCUCUCAAAAUCCAUAUGUCUUACCAUGGAUUAUGCGUGGCUUGUUAGAAGAGGACUUUGUGCGGACCGAGUUGAGCACAGAAGCGGAUGAACUGUUGAAGCAAUUUGACAAUUGGAAGCCAACCAACAAGGCCCUCAAGGAUGUCAAGUAUCGUCUUGAAGCUGUACGAUCUAAACUUUGA